AUGGAAAUUCCACUCAGACGUACUUUACCUUGUAUUGUUGAUAGUUUUGAACACGCUCUUAAUUCAUCUUUGCCAACUAAAUAUUUACAGAAUACAACGAUGGAAAACAUUUUAAAUGAAUUAAAGAUUGAACAAUGGCAUUCAGAUAUUAGUUAUGAGAACUCUUAUAAUCAAUGUUUACCAUUUAAUUGUACUUAUACGUAUGUGAAGCGAUGGACAAAUCUAAUGCAUGCAAUUGUAAAUGUUAUUGAAACAAUCGGUGGAUUAUCAACUUUAACACCAUCAAUCAUUAAACUAAUACUAAGAAUCAAAGAUCCAAAAACCGGAGAAUCAGGUAAGUGAGAUCUCUUUUUCACAUCUACACAAUGAUCGAUCAGAGACAUUUUCAUUUGUUCACAUCAAAGUUCGAAAAUGGAAAACUUCUUUGUUAUUGAAUUUUAUAAUCGUUAGUUUUUACGUAAUUAUUACUUUGCAGUAAUGAGUUUAUUUUCAAGACUAUAGACAAAAAAAUG